AUGAUGGGAUCAGCAGGGUCAUGGGAAAAGGAGCAGGAUGAGGGCAUGCCCUAUGACACCCAUGAAGAAAGCUCCAGUUGCUUCAGUUGUGGUUUUAUGGGGAUCAAGAGAAACCAAGUCAUAGAUUGCAGUCUUAGCCGCAACAGCAGCAACAGCAACAGCGAGAUAGGAGAUUCAGAUUCGGAGGAGUUGUUUGAGAUCAAUCUGAAGAAGCCUUUGGUUUUGGAUACCAUAAGAGAAGACUGCGAGAGCACUGUGUUCUCUCUUGAUAUUCACAACUGCAAUGAUGAUGAUGAUGUUGUUUAUGUGGGAGUAAGCAACAAUGGAGAUUCGAAUCCAAGCAUGGAAGCUCUUUCGUGGGCCUUGAAGCACGCCGUGACACCCUCUGCCACUGUAGUCCGUCUCCUACACGUUUUCCCUCAAGUCAAGCUCAUUCCAAGUCCAUUAGGAAAAAUUCCAAGGAGUCAUGUAAAUGUAGAGUAUGUUAACAUGCACUUGGCACAAGAGAAAGACAAGAGGAAAUUGCUCCUUCAAAAGUUCAUCGACCUCUGCGUUGAUUCUAAGGUUAAGGUGGAGAUGGUGAUGAUAGAGGGUGACAACGUUGCUAAAGCUAUCGUGGACCUGGUUCGAAAUCUUAAUAUGAGAAAACUGGUCAUUGGAAUUUCCAGAUCUAAUUUAAGUAGAAAAUGUGAAUCUAGAAGGCAAAAUGGCAUAGCGGGCAAGGUACUAAAAUAUGCACAGGAAAGCUGCGAUAUAAAAAUCAUAUGUGAAGGAAGAGAAGUGAUAGAGCAGAUGAGUGAGUGCACUUCACCAAGCUCCAUAGACAACGGGAAUUCCAAAGUUUCACAGGAAAUAAAUGCAUCCCGUGGAUUUGUCUCAAUUAAGCAUUUUAUGUCCAGUUCGUUCUGGUUAUUUAGGUCCAUCACCAAAGAUAAGAUGAGUAAACAUGCAUAA